AUGAACAACAAAAAUUCCUUAUUUAACUUGAACAAAAUUAUUCGCCGAAUCAUUUUAAGCAAUUUAUUUCUUGUUUUCUUCUUCCAUUUCGGUUUUAGUUUUCCAAUUCCAGUAUCAUCAAGCAUUCGACGACACGGUGAGCGAUAUGUUUCUUUUCCUCUUUAUUUCCUUCGAUCAAGCAUGCAAUUGUCCGCACCAUAUGGUGCAUAA